GUCUAGCGGGGACGCCCAGUCACAAGCCCCUUCUCCCCGCCCCGUAGUCGGGCACGAACUGCUAACGGGUUGAGUAGUCGUCCUUGCCAGGGAAUGUCUGUGCGAAGGAUCUGAAAUGGCACGAAUGUCUCAUUUAACUUUCGCAACGUUUCUCUACCUGUUCACCUUUUAUGCUGAUGCGCAAUACGAGACGUAUAGUUUCCGAAGUUUUCCGAGCAACGAACUUAUGCCACUUGAAUCCGCUUACAAAUAUGCGCUAGAUCAAUACACUAAAGAAAACUGGCAAGAAUGCGUGGACUAUUUGGAAGUGAGCCUGAGACUUUACCGACUAUUUAAAGACAGUGAGGCUUUCUGCAAUCUGAACUGUAGCUCUGUGCGAUUAGACAAUGAAGAGAAGUUUGAGGAGUUUCCGGAGCUCCAUGCAUUCGGCAAUAUCAUGAAAAGGGCCCAGUGUUUGAAGAGGUGCAAGCACGGCUUGCCUGCUUUCCGACAGACCAUGCCCAGCCGAGAGACGCUGGGGGAGUUCGAGAACCGGGAGCCCUACAAGUACCUUCAGUUCGCCUUCUUCAAAUCCAACAACUUGGCAAAGGCUGUAGCUGCGGCACAUACCUUCAUGCUGAAGCACCCAGAUGAUGAGAUGAUGAAGAGGAACAUGGACUAUUACAAAAGCCUUCCAGGAGCAGAGGACCACCUUAAAGACCUAGAGGCUAAAUCUUAUGAGGCACUGUUUAUCCGAGCAGUGAGAGCGUUCAAUGCUGGCAUCUUCCGCACCUCUGUGGUGGACAUGGAGCUCGCCCUGCGAGACUUCUUCACAGCUUAUGACGAGUGCCUAGCUGCAGCUGAGAGUUCCAGAGAUAUUCAGGAUUUCAAGGACUUCUAUCCAUCCAUAGCAGAUCACUUCACAGAGGUUUUGGAGAGAAAGGUCAGGUGCGAGGGUCAGCUCACACCCGUCGUAGGCGGCUUCAUCGUAGACAAGUUUGUUGCCACCAUGUACCACUACCUCCAGUUUGCUUAUUAUAAGCUGAAUGAUCUGAAGAACGCUGUGCCCUGCGCAGCCAGCUAUACUCUGCUGGACCCCGGAGAUGACGUCAUGAAGAACAAUAUUGUCUACUAUCAGUACCACAAGGACAAGUGGGGGCUCUCCGAGGAGGACUUCUUACCCAGAGCUGAGGCCGUGCGAUAUUUUAACCAGACCAACAUGCAGCUGGAGAUGCUGGAGUUUUCACAAAAGCACCUGCAGGCAGAUGAUGAAAUGUCGGUAUAUUCGGUGCCGGUCCCUUCAGUUUUUACCCCCAUACCCAUAUUCGGUGCGGAGCAGAAGAUAGAUGGAGGUGCUGACGUUUCUUGAUGAGCUUCUGGAGGCAGAUGAUAGUAGCUAGAGACAAGUCUACCACAAACACAUACCCAGCACUCUGAUUUCUGCUUGCAUUGUUGGCAGUUGGAGGGUAGCUUACAUUUGCGUCCUCCAGUGUUGUCGCUAUCAUAAACACCAUCCUGCUUUUUAUCCAGAUUUUUUUGUAUAUGCUUCAUCACACAACGUUGUUUUGGUGGUUCUUCAAGUCUUCCCUCACUGGCCCCCAUCGACAACUGAUUGUUAUUGUCGACCCUUUCCAAAGGAAUGGUACUUCAUCGACAGAACCUCUGACCUAAAGACUAAAGACUUCCUCAGAGAUAUCGCUCGUCCAACUCCCCUCGUGACAUUAAAAUGCGCAGUGAAGUCGGUGUUAUCCAUGACUCUGUAUCAUUCAUUCCAGAAAGAGUGAGCAAUAUGGCUGUUACCAAGCAGAAAGUGGCAAUGGCAUGAAAGGAAAUGACCGCUUUUGGCCUGUUGUGUUUUAUGUAUGGAAUCUGGAAUUCCACAUUGUUACAUUGUAAUUGCUCGGAAUGUGAAUUUUGUACCAUCACAUGGAAUUUUCGUCCAUAGAUCGGUUCUAGUUUCAUGCGACUAGUCGUCAUUUGUCGGUGUUGUUUUUGCUUACCUGUCUACACUGUGAAUUUGUCAUGGUUUCGGUUUUUGCCACCAUCUAUGAUGCCUUGAAGAUCCAUGCCGAAGGUAAGACCUAGUCCCCGCUGUGCCCUUGGGCUGGUGCUUCUCAGGCCAGACUGCCAUGUUUGGUGCUUUGUUUUUGGAUAAUAUCUCUGUUGAAUCCCACCUACCAUACAUACAUGGACUUUCAUCUACCUGCAGUUUGCUAAACGUGUCCAUAGUAAUAGAAGUACAUUAUUCCUUUGAAUUUGUGAUAAAUCACACAUUUUAGGAUGAGGAAAAGUUGAACAAAAUUUUAUUUACUUAUUUAUUUUUUAUAAUUAGUUUUUGCAAUCAGUUUCAGGAACAGAAGUUGCUGUUUUACCCUAGAAGAGUGCAGACUGACAAUCUAAGUAUUCAUUGUGUUUGUGAAAAGUGUAUAACUGUUGGUAGGAGAAAUAAAAGUUCAUACUGAGAAUUUA